AGCCAUACCAAUCACAACCAGAGCAAAAAGGCUCAUCGCAAUGGUAUCAAGACGCCAAAGAAAAGCCGAACACGUUCGUUGAAGGGGUUCCGUCGCAAUGCUCGUUUCGCACUCGUAGGUUCGCACCGGGCCCGUGCAGAACAGCGCGCAGCUGCAGCAUAA